UCAACCCCUGACAACAAGGACAUUUCUUUUUUAUUCAUUUUUGAACUAAAUCAUCUUCUGUGUGAUCAUGCAGACACCAAUAGAAUAUAAAGUCAAGACUAUAAAAAGUAAGCAUUUGAGGCUGAAUGACUUGAAACUGGAAGCCACAGAUAGUUAUUUGUACAAGAAGUACCUCUACAAAGAAGACAUCCCUAAAUACCCUCAACCCGAGUUUCAUGUGUCUCACCUGAAACAUGACACACACCUGUCGGGUUUAACUGGGAUCAAGACAGACGGAGGCUUCAAAUAUCUUAAGAAUACCCUCAGGGAUCCCUGCAGUCUGCCCCUGGUGUGGUGGAGUCUGGCUGUGGGACCUAAGGACAUCCAGUCAGCUGAGGCGAGGCUCCUGGAGAAGAUCUACCCAAAGCGAACAAAGGAGCAGGCUGAGAAGCAGAAGAGCUUUCUGUAUAAGUUUGCAACAUCUCCAGCCUUAAGUAGUGCUUCAAGAUACGGCUCGUACCGCUUCACCUUCCCCCUGGAGGACGUCCUGAGUGCCUACAGCCAACAGUUUUGCUCCGGGGCUCCACCCGUAAUGAGGGUGUUCAAGACCUCCCUGUUCAGACAGGAAGUGGAAUAUGCUGUGCUGGUCCACAGCCCGGCCAAUCAGGAGCACUUCUCAGAGUAUCCUUUCCUUCCUGAUGACGAUCUGAAUGCCGUCUGCACUUACAGAGACGGAUGCUUCAUCUGGAGGUCGGAGGCCAUGUGUGAGACACACAGCCAUGAGUUGAUCGAAAGACCUGAAGAAAACCUGAUGACCACUGAGGCUGUGUCCUGGAGGCCUCCAUUCUAUGUCUGGGAUCACGUCGUCAUUGCCUUGCACAUGGAGAAUGAACAGGUGCUGAAGUUUGAUGCUAAUCAACUGAGAAAAAACCUCACGUUCUGCGAUAAAGACAAAGUGAAUCUCCCACUUAAACUUCACUUUAAUGAAUUCCAGGAUGCUAAACGCCAUGUUAAAAAUUUGUGGCCUGAAUCUGCCCCACUGGAGAAGGAGCAGAGUUUCACAGCAAACGAACCAGAGGAAGAGCCGAUGGAGUCUGAAGACUCCCAGAAGUGAAGCUGUACCCUCAGUCUUCAGUCCCUGGGUUUAUCCAUGUUCAUUAUGUUUGAAAAACCUAACAUACUCUCAUGAUCCUGGGUUUCGGACCCAGAGUUUUGUGUUGUGGGGACUCUCAAGUUCUGUUACUGUUAGAUUUCUUCAGUUUGUUAUGGUUUAGUUUCUAGGUUCUUCCUUCAUCUGUGUAAUUCCUUUCUGUUCUUAUUCUGUAUCCAUGUUUAGUUAUCAUCUGUCCCUGUAUUCAGUUUGUGUGUCUUAGUCUGGUUGUCUAUGUCGUUGUAUUCCUCAGUGUACCUGCUUCCCUGUGUUGUGUCAAGUCUGAUUGUGUCACAUUUGGUCACCUCCUGUUUACUUUGGCAGUCUCUUGUUCCAUGUGCUUCAUUUUCAGUUUUUUUUCCUGUGUCAUUACACUCGUUCUGUUCACCUGUUCCUCCCAGCCAUCUCCCCUCUCAUGACCUCAAUUACCUUGUGUGUAUUUAAGCCCUCAGUUUUCUUCAGCUCAUUGUUUUGUGUCCAAGGUUUAGUAUUGUCUCCAGUACUGUCUUAGUUGGGAUUUCCUAGUGAUGGGCAGAUGAAGCCUCACGAAGCUUGAAGCUUUUCAUCCUAUUGGUUCAAAAAAAGGUUCAUGUGCAACCCCCCCCUUUCCGGCUGGUCAAAACCUUUAUGUCAUUUCAGCUGUGACGGCCUCUUGGCUGUCAGCAUGGGAAUAAUCACUGCC